AUCCUGAAUCCGGAAGUACGGGGAUUUAACAUGGCUUCGAAACGACAGGUCGAGAGUUUAACCGAGGAGGUAAUUUGUUCCAUUUGCCUGGAUUUCUUCACCGAUCCGGUUAUACUGGAGUGUGGACACAACUUCUGCCGCUCCUGUAUCACACGGUGUUGGGAAAGGGAGGAGAGAAACUCCUGCCCGGAAUGUAGAGAGGAGAUUGCGGACCGCACACUCAGGGUCAGUUGGGCCUUAGCAAAUCUGUCUGCGAAAGCUCGUAAACUAAAGCUGAAUCCGAUAGAGAAGGAAAGUAAACUUCACUGUGAGGAACAUGAAGAAGAACUGAAGCUGUUUUGUGAGACGGACAAGACACUGAUCUGCCUGAUCUGUGCGACUGCGCGGGAACACAAGUCUCACAACUUCAUGCCGGUUAAAGAAGCCGUUGGAGUUUACAAGGGUCAGGUUAAAUCUUCCUUAGACUCUCUCACAAAAAAGAAAUCAGACUUCGAGAAAAUGGAGCAGAAACAGAAAGAGAAGAUGUCCGGAGUUCGGGAACAGUCACAAAGUGUUCAGUCCCACAUCACAUCCCAUUUUGCUGAACUGCACCACAUUUUUAUUCAGAGAGAGCAGCGUGUCCUCAGAGAUCUCAGGGAAGAAGAGAAGAGGAUACUAAAUCCAAUGGAGAAAAAUCUUCAAGUGAUUCAAGAAAAUCUGAAUUCUAUUCAGCAGGAAAUCUCGAGCUUACAGGAGCGGGUGGAUCGGAAAGACAGUGUGAUAUUUCUCAUGGAGGAAGCUCGUCGGAAGAGGAGGAUCAAUGAUGACACCCAGACAUUGUCAGUGACAGAUGGUGCCCUACUGGCUGAAAAAUUCCAUCACCCCUAUUUGUUCAACACAGAAUUAGGAGAAUUGAUUGACGGCAUUAAACGAGUCUCUGUCACCCUGGAUGUGGAAACGGCGCAUCCAGCGCUUGAGGUGUCUGAGGAUCGGAAGAGUGUGAGAUUCACCGGGACCUGGAGGGAUCUCCCUGACACCGGGAAGAGGUUCACAGACUAUGAAUGCCUCCGCUCCGAGCACUCAUCGGCAGGGGAUGUGGAAUUGGAGGGAGAUGUGGAGUUGGAAGGUGACGUGGAGUCGGUAGGGGAUGAGGGGUCGGAAAUGGAUGAGGAGUGGGAAGAGAAUGAGGAGUCAGAAGGGGACGUGGAGUCGGAAGGGGGUGUGGAGUGGAAAGAGAAUGUGGAGUGGGAAGAGAAUGUGGAGUGGGAAGAGAAUGUGGAGUGGGAAGGGAAUGAGGAAUCGGAAGGGGACGUGGAGUCGGAAGGGAAUGUGGAGUCAGAAGGGGAUGUGGAGUCGGAAGGGGAUGUGGAGUUGGAAGAGGAUGUGGAGUCGGAAGGGAAUGUGGAGUCAGAGGGGGAUGUGGAGUCAGAGGGGGAUGUGGAGUUGGAAGAGGAUGUGGAGUCAGAGGGCGUGGUGGACUUGAAAGGGAAUGAGGCAUCGCAAGUGGGGGGAAUUGUGCUGGGAUCGGAGGGAUUCGCAUUGGGGAGAUACUACUGGGAGGUGGAGGUGGUGGGGAAUGGUGACUGGAGUCUGGGAGUCGCCGCAGAGUCCGUUGAGAGGAAAAGAUGGGUCGGACUGAGACCGGAGACUGGAUUCUGGAUCAUCAGGCGGGAUGAUCACAUGAUCAAUGUUCUCACCUCCCCUGUGUCCCGUCUCCCUGCCGGUCCCAUCCCCGGGAGGGUGGGAGUUUAUCUUAGUUACGAGUCUGGGACAGUUUCAUUUUACAACGCGGAGACCAAGUCCCAUCUCCACACCUUCACUGGGAAUAAAUUCACAGAGAAACUUUAUCCUUUCUUCGCGACUUGGGAUGAAAACAAGUGGCUGAGAAUCUGCUCCAGUUCCGCUCCGGGUCUGUAAAUGGGUCGGGUCUGGGACCAGCAUCAGGAGUAAGUCAAUGUAAAUAUAAACGUGUAGAGAGUGAAAUAAACACGAUGUGAGAAUUAUCGAUCCAUUAAUUUUAACUUGUUCACUUCAUACAUCAACGGAAGAGAAACGCUGCGGAUUCAACAGCAGCCGCAGGCGGCGGGUCCUGAUAACCCCGGGUUCUAAAGUCCACCGGCAGAGUUAACUGGGGCAAGUGGUGGUUGUGCUGAGUGGAAGAGGGAGAUCAAGGUGGUUGAUGUAGAAGUAGUGUAUAUGGAUUUUAGCAAGGCAUUUGAUAAGUUACCCCAUGCAAGGCUCAUUGAGAAAGUAAGGAGGCAUGGGAUCCAAGGGGACAUGCUUUGUGGAUCCAGAACUGGCUUGCCCACAGAAGGCUAAGAGUGGUUGUACUCUGCAUGGAGGUCGGUGACCAGUGGUGUGCCUCAGGGAUAUGUUCUAGCCUUCUUUUUGCAAUUUUUAUAAAUGACCUGGAUGAGGAAGUGGAGGGAUGGGUUAGUAAAUUUGCUGAUGACACGAAGGUUGUUGGUGUUUUGGAUAGUGUGGAGGGCUGUCAGAGGUUACAGAGAGACAUCGAUAGGAUGUAAAACUGGGCUGAGAAGUGGCAGAUGGAGUUCAACCCAGAUAAGUGUGAAGUGGUUCAUUUUGGUAGGUC